GUGUCAUCCUUUUUUUUUAGGGAAAGGGUCCGCAUCCCACCUCAACAUGUCACGACGAAGCCAGCGCCUCACGCGUUACUCCCAGGGCGAUGAUGACGGCGGCAGCAGCAGCAGCGGAGGGAGCUCAGUGGCUGGGAGCCAGAGCACCCUGUUUAAGGACAGCCCUCUGAGGUCCUUGAAGAGGAAGUCCAGCAACAUGAAGCGCAUGUCCCCAGCACCGCAGCUGGGCCCCUCCUCUGACACGCACACCUCCUACUACAGCGAGUCCGUGGUCCGGGAAUCCUACAUAGGCAGCCCCCGGGCCGCGUCCCUCGCCAGGAGCGCCCUCCUCGACGACCACCUGCACAGUGAACCCUACUGGGGUGAGGACCUGCGUGUACGGAGGAGGAGGGGCACCGGUGGCACGGAGAGCAGCAAGGCCAACGGGCUGGCGGAGAGCAAGGCCACCGAGGACUUCCUGGGUUCCUCUUCCGGCUACUCUUCCGAGGACGACUUCGCAGGCUACUCAGACAUGGACCAGCAUAGUUCAGGGUCAAGUUUAGGGAACGUGGUCUCUCGGGCAGGCUCCUUUGUCUGGACGGUGGUCACUUUUCCAGGCCGGCUCUUCAGGCUUCUCUACUGGUGGGUUGGCACCACCUGGUACCGCCUGACGACAGCAGCCUCGCUCCUGGAUGUCUUUGUUUUAACCAGGCGUUUCUCGUCCCUCAGGACCUUCCUCUGGUUCCUCCUGCUGCUGCUGCUCCUGACAGGCCUGACCUACGGUGCAUGGUACUUCUACCCCUUUGGGCUGCAGACAUUGCACCCCGCUGUGGUCUCCUGGUGGGCGGCAAGGGACAGCAGGAGGCAGCCCGCGGUGUGGGACUCCAGAGAAACGGCCCCGCAUUUCCAGGCCGAGCAGCGCAUCCUGUCGCAAGUGCACUCCUUAGAGCGGCGCCUGGAGGCGCUGGCUGCUGAGUUUUCCUCCAACUGGCAAAAGGAGUCCAUUCGGCUAGAGCGCCUGGAGCUGCGGCAGGGGUCCACUGGCCAGGGCGGUGGCAGUGGCCUGAGCCACGAGGACACCCUGGCACUCCUGGAGGGGCUGGUGAGCCGCCGGGAGGCUGCCCUGAAGGAGGACUUCCGCAGGGAUACCGCCACUCGCAUCCAGGAAGAACUGGCCACCGUGAGGGCGGAACAUCACCACGACUCAGAGGACCUCUUCAAGAAGAUCGUCCAGGCCUCCCAGGAGUCCGAGGCUCGCCUCCAGCAGCUGAAGUCAGAGUGGCAAAGGAUGACCCAGGAGGCCAUCUGGGAGAACUCUGUGCAGGAGCUGGGGCGGCUGGAGGCCCAGCUAACCAGCCUGCGGCAGGAACUGGCAGCUCUGAGCCUGAAGCAGAGUGCAGUGGAGGAUGAAGUGGGGCUGCUGCCCCAGAAGAUCCAGGCCAUGCGGGAGGAUGUGGAAUCUCAGUUCCCUGCCUGGGUCAGUCACUUCCUUCUCCAUGGUGGGGGCACUCGGGCAGGGCUCCUCCAGAGAGAGGAGGUGCAAGCUCAGCUGCAGGAACUGGAGAGCAAGAUCCUCACCCACGUGACAGAGAUGCAGGGCAAGUCAGCUCGGGAGGCCGCGGCCUUGCUGGGACGGACGCUGCAGAAGGAAGGUGUGGUCGGGGUGACCGAGGAGCAGGUGCAGCGGAUCGUAAAGCAGGCCCUGCAGCGCUACAGCGAGGACCGCAUUGGGAUGGUGGACUACGCCCUGGAGUCGGGAGGGGCUAGCGUUAUCAGUACCCGGUGUUCAGAGACCUAUGAGACAAAAACGGCCCUGCUCAGCCUCUUCGGCAUCCCGCUGUGGUACCACUCUCAGUCGCCCCGGGUCAUUCUCCAGCCAGACGUGCACCCAGGCAACUGCUGGGCCUUCCAGGGGCCCCAGGGGUUCGCUGUGGUCCGCCUCUCUGCCCGCAUCCGCCCCACGGCCGUCACCUUAGAGCAUGUGCCCAAGGCCCUGUCGCCCAAUAGCACCAUCUCCAGUGCCCCCAAGGACUUUUCCAUCUUCGGCUUUGAUGAAGACCUUCAGCAAGAGGGCACGCUGCUUGGCACAUUCACUUACGACCAGGAUGGGGAGCCCAUUCAGACCUUCUACUUCCAGACCCCUAAGAUGGCGGAUUACCACGUGGUGGAACUGCGGAUCCUGACCAACUGGGGCCACCCUGAGUACACCUGCAUCUACCGCUUCAGGGUGCACGGGGAGCCUGCCCACUAGCCCCAGCCUCUGUGCCUGCUGCCAGCCAGGGGGCGCACCCUUCUCCGCACAUGCCCUGCUCCAGGAUGGGUGCAGAGCACCCUGCCACUGCCCCCACAUGCUUGGCCGGCGCUGACUUCCCAGAGCAAGAAAGAAGAGCCCUGGCCCCAGGGAGAGAAGGAAAGCGCUGGAGUCCCCUUCACCCUUUUCCUCUGAGCUGGGCCGUCGGGGUGUGCAAAUGUACCAUACCGUGGGGGGACUGGGAGGCAGGAGGCGAGGCGCCUGCCCUGGCCCAGGUGGAAGUGUGGAUGAAGCAGGUACCAAGGCCGGUGGGCAGAACCUGGGCCCAGGGAGGUGCGAGGUGCCCACAUCAGUCAGGGAAGCACAGCCUUGAAGGAGCGCUCAGCAGGAGAAUCUGCAAGGCUGGUGACAGUGACCUGGGGAAGCCAGGACCCCCAAGGGUCUCUAGAAGCUGUUUGUCCGGGGUAGCGAGGCUGCCUAUGCCAGCCUGUAGGACUCCUUGUGCUUUUCCUCUCCUGAUGCCAGGGUGAGGCCUGCCCUGCAUCAUUUCUGCAGUGGGCCUGCCUGUGCCCUAGAGCAAGCUUCACACAUUCCCCAGCCUGCAGGGUGCCCAGGCCUGUCUAGGGGCCACUAGCUAGAAUGGGGGAGCAGGGGAUUUCUGGGCUCUCCUGAUCCGUGACAAUAUCAGUGCCAUUCAGGGUGUUGGGUGGAGGGAGGGCUGUCUGUACUAGCCCGCUGCCCCCUAAGCAGGCCUGGAGAGGGCCCUUUCUCAGGCUGCCCUUGGGCUCUUGGCUCCCCUUCAGACUCUCUCCUUUCUGGCUCCUCUGUGGGGGCUGGGAGGGAGGCGGAGAAGGGGCUUUUAGAGCCACAGGCCCUGCUGUAUUAUGUAUAUAUUUUUCAAGGUCUGUUUUUUAACUGAAAAGCUAAGGGCUUGAUUCUUAGCCCCGUUCUGUGGGGCACUGGGUGGUUCUCAGUUCCUUGGUCUUGGCCUGUGGGGAGCAGGCAUGAGGGGCUGUGGGCAGGCAGGGGCCCUGUUACAGGACCAGGCCCUGCUCAGCUCUGCCCCGAGACAACCAGGUCUGAUUUGGCGCUCUUCUGUCGCAAAUGCUGCACUGUUGGUUCUUAAUUUUUUUUUUUAAUCUCCAGAUUCUAAUUUAUGGCUAUGCAAAAAAUAAAGGAUGCCCAGGAAGAGUGGAAUGUGGUUUUUAU